AAUGAGGCUUUUGGGUUGUUUUGUGUCUCUUUCUCUUGAGAUAAGAUUUGAGUUUGGGCAUGUGUGAGCUGUGGCUUUGCAGGGAAGAAGAGUGUCAGUAGAAAAUAAAUGUCCUCUUCCCAGGGACACUCUCUAUUUCACAGAUCUAUAUCUAAGUGUCGGUGAUCCCCUUUCUCCUUCCUUCUCUGAGAGACAAUGACAAUGACGUGGGCGCGAUUCGAUUCGUGGAAGCAGCAAUACUACACCACAAGCGGCGUGGUGGUAGGUUACGCAGUAUGCUCCAGCCUCCUGGCCAUCAUCAACAAAUACGCCAUCACCAAAUUCAACUACCCAGGCCUCUUAACCGCGCUCCAGUACCUCACCUCCGCACUCGGCGUCUACGUCUUUGGGAAAUUAGGGUUUCUCCACCACGACCCCUUCACCCUCCCCACCGCCAAAAAAUUCUUCCCCGCCGCCCUCGUCUUCUACCUCGCCAUCUUCACCAACACCAAUCUUCUCCGCCAUGCCAACGUCGACACCUUCAUCGUCUUCCGAUCCCUCACCCCUCUCCUCGUCGCCCUCGCCGACACCGUCUUCCGCAGCCAGCCCUGCCCCUCCAACCUCACCUUCCUCUCCCUCCUCGUCAUCCUCGCCGGCGCCUUCGGCUACGUCGCCACCGACUCCGCCUUCACCCUCACCGCCUACUCCUGGGCCUUCGCCUACCUCAUCACCAUCACCACCGAGAUGGUCUACAUCAAGCACAUGGUCAUGAGCCUCGGCCUCAACACAUGGGGCUUCGUCUUCUACAACAACCUCCUCUCUCUUAUGAUGGCUCCCUUUUUCUCCUUCGUCACCGGCGAGAACGUCGAGAUUAUCGCCGCGGUUAGAUCCGGCGGCCUUUUCGACCCCGCCGCCUUCUACGCCGUCUCCCUGUCUUGCCUCUUCGGCUUGCUCAUUAGUUUCUUCGGGUUCGCGGCCAGGAGGGCCGUUUCCGCCACCGCGUUCACCGUCACCGGCGUGGUGAACAAGUUUCUCACUGUGGCGAUCAAUGUACUUAUUUGGGAUAAGCAUGCUAGCCCCAUUGGUUUGGUUUGCUUGUUUUUUACCAUUGUUGGUGGGAUUCUUUACCAGCAGUCUGUGACUGGGCUUGGGAGUGCUCCGGCCCAGCCCAAACAGUUGGAUACUGAAAGCAACAAAGGUGGUGGCGAAGAUGAUGACGAUGGUGAUUUGACAGGUGAGAGUGAUGGCUUGAUUAAAGCUACUUCUAUAUAAGCAUUUGUACUAUUUAUUUUCACGUUUAAGCUGUAAUGCCUGUAUAAUUAUUGUCUUAUUUCAGCAACAUUAGGAAAGAAAUUAUAUGCAAUGUGAGGUGUAUUGUUUUCAGAAGGAUAUCUAUGGAAUUUUAAUUUUGCUUCCA